AUGACAUUCGCCUACCCACGCAACACGGGCGCCUCUUCCCUUCCCCUCUUCAACCAAAACCAGUCGUUGCAAUCACGAAAUAUCCUCAGUCGCGUGUGGGACUGCAUUCCCCCAGCAGCAAAACAAUGGCUUCCCGGGAGUCUCAGCCAGGGAAUCGAGAGAAAUCAGGAAAAUGAGGCCAUCAAGACAACUGCAAUCAACGUUGUCAAACGUAUCUUCACGAUAUCCAAUGCUAUUAUUUUACUAUGGGUGUUCUCGAUGCGAUGGGGUGAACGGACGGUCUUUGAGGACAGCAUCAAUAAAUGCCUGUGGGACAGCUGGGAGGAAUGGCCUCAAGGCGCCACGCCACACCACAUUGCCUUUAUCGCCGACCCCCAACUCGUUGAUCCCCACACUUACCCUGGUCGACCAUGGCCUCUAUCGACGUUGACGGUUAAAUACACCGACCAAUAUAUGCGACGGUCAUUUUCCUUGAUACAAGAUCACCUUGAGCCGGACUCAGUGCUGUUUCUUGGCGACCUUUUCGACGGCGGCAGAGAAUGGGCCACGGCUACCAGUAGCAGCCCCGAACAGCGGUGGAAGAAGUAUAAAGACUCCUUUUGGAAGAAGGAGUUUGCGCGAUUUAGUAAAAUAUUCGUGGACUCGUGGGUGAAAUUAGUGAAUCCGCCUGUCGAUGGACGAGGACGCAGAAUGAUUGCUAGUCUGCCCGGAAAUCAUGAUCUUGGGUUCGGUAACGGCAUCCAAGAACCCGUCCGUGAUCGAUUCGAGUCCUUCUUUGGAAACCCCAACCGUGUCGAUAUUAUUGGGAAUCAUACUUUUGUUUCGGUGGAUACUCCUUCGCUGAGCGCGAUGGACCAGCCCGAUCCAUUGACAGGCAGUUCUCCAACAGCUAGCGAUCAAAACAGUCCCCAACGCCCGAUUUGGAAAGACGCAGAUGACUUCCUGGAUAAGAUGGCUAUCCAUAAGGCGAAGGCGGAGAUGGACGAGCUGCAAAUGCUCCAAAACCAGAGUGAGACACAUAAUAUGUUCGAUUAUCGUGUUGUUGAUGCUGUCGAACCCGUCAACCACAAAAAGCCUCAGCCCGCAGGCGUCGGAUUCCCUACUAUUAUUCUCACGCACGUCCCUCUCUACCGCAAGCCAGCUACUCCCUGUGGUCCUCUCCGCGAACGCUACCCGCCAUCUUCAUUGGACGAGGAACUGGCAGAGGACGAGCCUAACUCUCUGAAAAUUUCUGGAGGCUAUCAAUACCAGAAUGUCCUCACGCAAACCAUUUCGACCGAACUGGUUUCCAAGGCAGGACCCAACGUCGUCCAGGUGUAUUCCGGCGACGACCAUGACUAUUGUGAAGUGUCCCAUCGGGAAUUCAAUGGCUCCCCCAACGAAAUCACUGUCAAGAGCAUUUCCUGGGCGAUGGGAGUCCGCCACCCAGGCUUUGUACUCACCAGUCUGUGGAAUCCAAUCGACCCCAAGACAGGCAAAGCCCUCCGGGACGGAUCACCACCCACUGUCCAAAAUCAUCUGUGUAUCCUCCCAGACCAGCUGGGAAUCUUCAUCUACUACCUCACUAUCGUAGGCGUCAGCGUCUCCAUCCUCCUCCUCCAUUCCAUCUACCGCGUCUUCUACACCCCAGAACCAUCCCCAUCCGACGCCAUUCUCCCUCUCACCGAGCGCCGCUCUCUCCCAUACCAGCACCACACCUCCGGUGCGUCCAGCUCUACCCUCUCAUCGGCGGGUGGCUUAGCCAGCCGCAAUGGCAUGACAGCCUCUCCCCGCUACCCCGGCAUUCAAUCCCCGGAAGAUGCUUAUCGGGGUACAGACGAUCACUUUGAAGCCGUUACCUCAAAGGACAAGGCUGCAUGGCGCCCCGCCUCGGCUACCCGAUCCCGUUCAACGGUAUCUCUCAUCUUGCGGGAUCUGUACCAUUCCAUCAAGUUUGUGGCGCAAGUGGUGCUGACCGUGUAUUUCAUCCUGAUCUGGCGCUGGUAG